UGUGAUUCCUAUAAAACUUUGAUUUAUAAAAAUAUAUUGCAAACAAAAAAUGAGUUGAACACCCAGUUAAUAAAUCACCUGUCUAUCAAUACUAUAGUAAAGAAUUUGAACAGGAAAUUAAUAAAUCAAGCAUUGAACAAUAUAAUUAAUAUAGUGAAUGCAAAGUUGUUUCUACUAAUUUUAGUGGUAAAAAUUAUAUUAACUCUUCAAAUGAAUAAAUUUAUACAUGUAUUUUACAUAACUAAAUACUUAUUGUUCUAG